AUCAAGCAGUGAGACCUGAGCAUAGGUUCCGAGUUUGUGAGUUAGUGGCGCUUUGGUAGCGUUAGUAGCGCCGUAGUGAGCAACAGACAUGGCUCGGUCUCAAGUGUUUUUUACUUCUUCCGCGUUUGUUUGUGUUAUAAAUUAAUGAAUUAUCUACAACGCAUCGCUUUAAUGUGAAGUGCAAGCGACCAACGUGCGUGCGUCUCGUUAAACAAUAAUCGCGGAAAUGGAAGUACUUCCAGGUAUAGCAAGUGUUUGGAAUGAAUAAUACUGUACAGCCACCAAAAAAAGCAGCGAACGAAAACGACUAACACUUCGCACACAGAACUGAAUAUAUCUUAUCCGUGCAUACUUCCCGUAGUCAUUUGAAUCUCUGCAAUUGAAUAUUUUGUGUAUUUAUAGAGCGAAAUGGAGGGUGUCACUGUCCCUUUAAAAAAGGGCCCUGGCCUUUAUGAAUUUCUGGUUGAAGCUGAACUUCACCAUUACUUUAAUAGCUUUAAAAAUACAUUAAAAAUAACCCACCCCUCUCAAUUGAAGUUUACUACUGAGGGUGAUUUAACUGAACUGGGAAUGUCUAAGCCUGAAAUACGUCGCUUGCGAAAAUUCUACGAAAAACACUUUCCCAAUAACUAUCUUUCAAAGUUCAAGAAACUACUACUUACAUCAAGGAAGCAGGAGAAUAAUGCAGCUGAAACGAUGCCGUCAAACGACAACAUCCCCAUCAGUCGUGCGCCAAGAGUCGCCAGCAAGCACAUCAUCCCAGCAGCCAACAUCACCGUUAACAAGGAAUUGGGUGUGGGCGAGUUUGGCAUCGUGCAACAGGGUGUAUGGUGCAAUGAUGGCGAGCGCAUCCAAGUUGCCAUUAAGUGUUUGGCACGUGAGCGCAUGCAAACCAACACGAUCGAGUUCCUCAAAGAGGCAACUAUUAUGCACUCGAUUGAUCACAAUCAUAUCGUGCGUCUCUUUGGCGUCGUACUAGAUACUAGUUCCUUUAUGUUAGUAACUGAAUUAGCCCCACUGCGGUCGCUCCUCGAAUGCCUCAAGGAACCAAGCCUCAGGUCGAGUUUCCCUGUACUGACGCUCUGUGAUUUUGCCGUGCAAAUAUGUGAUGGAAUGCAAUACUUAGAAGCUAAGAGACUUAUACACAGAGAUCUGGCUGCAAGGAAUAUUUUAGUAUUCUCCAAGAAUAAAGUUAAAAUCUCAGACUUUGGACUUUCCCGUGCUUUGGGUCAAGGGAAGGAUUACUAUCAGACGAAUUUCAAUGUGAAUCUCAAGUUGCCGAUAGCUUGGUGUGCCCCUGAAUGUAUCAGUUAUUUACGUUUUACUACCGCGAGUGAUAUUUGGGCGUUUGGGGUAACACUCUGGGAGAUGUUUUCCUAUGGUUUUCAACCAUGGGCUGCUCUGACAGGGCAGCAAAUUUUAGAAGCUAUUGACGAGCCUAACUUUCAACGUCUCGAACAGCCGGAUUGCUGCCCACAGGAGCACUAUCAGCUCAUGUUGGACUGUUGGCGGCAUGAAGCGGUCGCCCGGCCUCGAUUCAUUGAUAUAGCGACGCGCUUGAUUGACUGUCGGCCGGAACAAGUGCAAAGUAAACUUGCUUCCGCCGAUGCCCCUCAUUUGUUGCCGUAUCGCACUGGCGACAUUAUCACUGUAUUAGAUAAACUUUCUCAUCGUCCCUAUUGGAAAGGCGUGACUGCUAAUGGAAAGACUGGUUUGUUUGACCCAAGUAACGUUGUGGCUUACUUGGGCAGCGACUUACCGAGCGCAACAUUCAUGCGAAGCGAUUCGACGCGCUCGUCAGCACGCAGGAAAUUGCGAAGUGAAAUGAUUAGUGCACCUCAAGGAGACUUGAAACAUACAGGUCACGUGGGCUUGGAUGGUGCCUUCUUUGGCGAUCUAAGCUUCCUCAAUGGCGCCAAGGUUGUUGACUACGGCGGCAUACCAACGCAGGUCGUCGCUCCAUACCGUCCUCACGAAGACAUUGAAGCCGCGCCGCUGCUGGAUGGCGAUCGCGCCAACCCACCGCCGCCGGCACCGGCACCCGACCAUGAGUAUCACGAAAUUAGCGACGAGGAAACCAACAAUAGCCCGCCGCUUGAUCUGGGACCAUCACUGAUGGCUGAAAUGGAACUGAUGUUAAACAAUUUUGGUCAUACUCCAACAUCUCCAGCAGAUCAUGAAGGGGCCAACAAGAGCAACGAGCAUCGGGAGCGCAUGAACAAACCUCGGAAGCAACCGCAGUUGAAAGCGAUUUCGUCGCAGGAUCAGAAAACAUUGGAUGCAGCUAUGGACCUCGUUAAUGAGCUAAGCGCUCGAUCUAUGAGUGCCCCGGCUCCCACAACGCCUUCUUCGCCGAAUAAACGCAAGUUCAGUUUUCGAUUUCCUUCUGUAUCAGAACAUCAUCAUCAUGACAAACCUGAGCAGAGGAGGACAUUUUCUGAAGAAGUUCAAUCUACACCGGACUUACAGCAUCGUUUAAGGUGCUCGCUAUCUUCAUUAGAUGAUUUUUCACAACAUAGUAUACGCUUGCCCCUAUGGGACAAAGCAUCCGCUGAAUUUUGCUUCGCCAAGUCUCGCGAACUCCUUUCAAAGCCCAUCAUGGGAACUGUGCAGCGCGGAACGCACAACUCCUGCCGUGAGCUGAAUAAAGUAGAAAAUGCGUACGCGCGCAAUUUAGAAGCACGUUUCCAGGAUAUGUCGAUUGAUCACAUGUCUAUGUAUCCUUCUCAUAUCUAUCGGGAUCGGACUUUAACAAAAUCCGAGGGUAUGGCGCGCAAAACGUACAAAAACGACUCAAUUCGCUCGUCGCGUUUCAAUGCCAACAAUCGCGCUUUCCUACUUGAUGUUCAACCACCACCUCCAUCGCCCUUUAAUAAUCGCAAUAACGAUCCCGAGCGCGAUCGUAUGUUUGAGGAACGUUACACAUACGAGCAAACUUAUACCCCCAUAGGAGGAUAUGAUAACGUGUUUGUUUACGACAACCAUCGUUAUGAUAACUUUAUCGAUCCCCGCCCGCGUGCGAUGAGUUAUUCCGAGUCCCAAGAGAUAAUGCCCAACAAAAAAACGAUGGGCAAAAGCAUACGCGAUCGCAAUCGCCGCAGACAAUCGUACAACCCACAGGCGUACGCACAAAGUAGCAGUAGCGAAUCAGAUUGUACUAGUUUAGGAUCGGUGGAUUUAGACUGGCGACGUCGCAAACGUCUUAGCCGUCUAAGCGCCUCAAACAGCAGCAUUCGAUCCGAAAUGGUCAUUCGGUCCCGGAAUUGCAUCGCCGCACAUUUAUUAAAACCUGAUUUUGCUGGUAAAAUACUUGGUCGCUCACCGCCACCAAGUAACAGUGCGCUGAGUGGGCUUAGUCCAACCAGUGCGUCGCGUUUGCAAAAUCACGAGGACGAGUCUUCCUCGGAUUCCAGCCUUUGAGUAAUACAUGAAAUAAGGAAACAAUCAAAAUCUGAUGAGACUUUUCUUUCGACCGUAAAAAGACUUCUCCGCCUUUGUUAGAUUGACAACACUUAAUAAUAAUGUGAAAAGUAUACAAAGAAACUGAAUUUGUCCGCCCAUUUUAUAAAAAAUACUAAUUACUAUGUACUAAAUAAUACCGGUUGCAAUUGUUUAAAAUGCGUAGUAACACACUUAUACUCAUUGAUGUCAUACAUUAACACAAAACACGUCAAAUAAUUCAGAUAUUAGAUGAAACAUUCACUCUAGAAAUAUAACAUCAGUUAAUCUUAAAUUUUAGGAUUAUAAGUACACGUUACAAGAUCAUUAAUCUUCGUAGUUAUCGCCAAAAUAAAUUGCAUUUACUCCAAUCAAUACAAGCAAGAAAUAAAAUUGUGUUCAAUUGUUUUACAAAGAAUUUGAUAGAUUAGAACAUCUUUAACAAGCGAUUUUGUUAAGACUGUUAAUUCAUGACAUCUCUGAAAUUGCUAAACAUAAACUCAACACGCAACACACUUGAAAAUGUUCCAAAUAUUAAUAUAAUCACUAAUUUUUGAUAAAAAUCAUUAAUCAUACCAUAAUGUGAUAUUUUAUAAUGUGUUGAGUAAUGGCACAUAAUAGUUAUCUACUUCAACAAAAUGUAGCAGCAGAAUUGGGUAUCUACGUAGCUUCUUGUAUCGUUACGACGUUUUUAUGUCGGUUGCAUCUGCAUCACAAUAUGUUAAUCUUGCUAUCAAAGUAAUAUAAUCUAAACUAUUUAAGAAAUUUUAUUAUCUAAAUUUGUGUUUCUCUAAUUUGUUUCUUUUCAUUUCUUAUUUUUUCUUUGAUUUUAUUUUAUUUUUGUGUUUACCCCCUAUUU